ACCUACAGCCUCUACGGGGACAAGCAACCCUAACAGUGCCGCCGGUGCCAAGCAGCGAGCCCCUGCAGUGCCGCCGGUGCCAAGCAGCGAGCCCCAGCAGUGCCGAGCAGCUCUCCUAUGCCAAGUAGCGGGACCCCGGCCAUUCACAUGAGCACCGCGUCCAUGAGCCUGGAGCCCCGCUGCCUGUCUCCCUAUGCAGCCUGGUGCAUGGAGUCCGCCAACUUCUACGAGCAGCGGCUGAGUGGCUCCCCUGCGCCCUGCAAGCCCAGAGCCAUGUGCGAGGAGCCCGAGCCCCCGGUGACCAGCAGCACCCUGGCGGAGCUCAGCGCAGCCCCUGCCAUCUACGACGAUGAAAGCGCCAUCGACUUCAGCUCUUACAUCGACUCCAUGUCCUCCGUGCCCAACCUGGAGCUCUGCAACGACGAGCUCUUCGCAGAUCUGUUCAACAACAACCACAAGGCUGGUGAGCGCCCCGAGUGCGGCCAGGACUACCUGAACGGACUCCUGGCAUCGUCCUGCCACGGCAGCAGCAGCAGGUCGCACCAGCAGCAGGUCAAAAGGGAGCCCGAGUGGAGCGACAGUGACCUGUCCACCUCGUUGCCCUGCCAGAUCGCCACCUGUGCGCAGACCAGCGUCAGCCUGCAGCCCACGCCGCCCACCUCCCCGGAGCCCUGCAGCUCCAACAGCUCUGCCUGCCCGUCCCCUUCCUCCUCCAACGCGGCCACAUCGUGCAAAGACAGGUCGGGGAAGAAGCUCGUGGACCGCUACAGCCCAGAGUACCGGCAGAGGAGGGAGAGGAAUAACAUAGCGGUGAGAAAGAGCCGGGACAAGGCGAAGAAGCGCAACCUGGACAUGCAGCAGAAGCUGCUGGAGCUCUCCUCCGAGAACGAGAAGCUGCACAAGAGGAUCGAUCUCCUCACCAGAGACUUGAGCAGCCUCAGGCACUUCUUCAAACAGCUGCCCCCCACAGCCACCUCCGGUACCUUCCUGCCCACCCUGGGGGGCAUUGACUGCCGGUAACCGGCGCCCUCCCACCCACGGACUACAACUUCUUCUCGAUACCUCACAGCAUCUCCUGGAGGAGGGGGCUGCAGCCACGGCCACGAACUUUACCCUCCGGGACUGAGCCGCAGCCUGAUCUCUGUGUUUUAUGUGAAUAUGUUUGAGUGCAAUAAGACAGUUCAAGGGGUUAAAGGGACGUGUGGAUGUCUCUGCAAGCCUGUGUGUGCCAGUGGCGGUAUAUCGCUGACCCUACUGGCAUUCAGAGGGUUAAUGGACCGGCCACACGGAUUACAAUCGGGUCACUGACGGGCGAGUGCCCGCCGGGUCUCCGGCUUCACCCAGUGCCUUACGCCGUACCUUCCACAGCAGCGGAGCCCAGUGACCCAUCUCGGCAAUAACGCCUCUCGCCUUUGAAUUUGGCUUCCGCACCAGGAAGCCCGUAUCGCCUAAGCUUUUAUUUACUGGUGAACCAUGGAGCCCUGCACAGUAGCAGAAACAUCACAGCUUCCAGCCUUCCAGCUGCUGUGGGUUGAUUGCGCCGGAUGCUGGGAAUUGUAGUCCACGGCAGCUGGAACGCUGGACGUUGCCGGCUUCUGUUAAUCCAAAAUUGGACGUACUGUACGGGAACGCGUGCCAAACGGAAAUUGUGCUGGUCUUCAUUUUCGUUUCUUUUGAAUGUGUAGCCAAAUGAUAGCGCUACCCCUGGAAUAUAUAACUAAAUAUAUUAUAAAUAUUAUAUAUAUAUUUUCUUCUCCACAAAAACUAUAGAGGAAAAAGCGAAGACAUUUCCCUUCCCUAAAUUAUUUUUGUAAUGGUAGUUUUUCUAUAUUCUAUACCGAUGCAGCUAUGAUGGUACAUUUUGUAAAAUUAUUUCGCUGGAGAUAAAAAGAAACUUUUUAUUGUAGAUAUUAGGAAGAAAUGAGCAUGCUCAAACUUUUUAUAUGAUCAUUUUUACUGCAUUUUUAAUAUUAAUAAAAAAAGAAAUAUACAACA